AGAAGACGGCACCUGACUGAGAGUAGAUUCAGCCGGCUCCUGUUCACUGCAGGAGAAUCAGACUGAGCCGUGGAGUCGAGCCGGGAGUGAUGGGAGCGUCUCGGGUCUCACUCAGGUCAACUGCAGCUGUCGUCUUUACCUUACUGCAGAUCCGAGCUCUGAUCAGCGCCAAGACUACGGAAGUCUCUGUGGUGGAGGGCCAGAGAUUGGAUUUCAGAUGCGAUUAUUCUCAAAACUACACCAACCACUCCAAGUACUUCUGCCUGUACGAUGACGACGAGCCGUCCGGCUACCUGAUCCGCUCAGAGGGUCACGACCGGUGGGAGACAAGCGGACGCUUCGCCCUGUACGACAACACCUCCGGGCCGUUCUUCACCGUCCACCUGGACGAGCCGCGUCUGGACGACAGCGGGACGUACUGGUGCGGGGUGGACGUCGCCGGCAUGCCGGAUAUCGUCAGGGUCAUCAGACUCCAGGUUUUCCCACGUUUGUCUCAAGUAAUUGACGAAGUGUCACCUCCUCCAGAAAUACACAAGCUGAGCUUCUCGCUGUACCUCACUGCUGUGAUGUGCGUGGCAGCAAUGCUGUUCGUGUGUUUGUUCACGAUCGGCCUCCUGCUGGCUGUGAAAAACAGACGCGCGAGAUCACGUCGAAACGCCGAGACGUCCUCGGACUACGAGCCAAUGAAGCCCACAGUGAGAGCCGAGCCCGAACGCUGCUGCUCGUAUCCAGGCUGCGCCGAGCUUUCAGCUGCUCCAUCGGCAGCCAGCAUGUCUCCGGGCCUCACGGCCAAGCAGCGGGAGUCGGCCUUCUCCGCCAGCUCCGACGACUACGCUGACGUGGAAGCUCCCCGGUGCAUCUGUCACUACGAACAUCUGGACCCCAGCAGUCAGGAGAAUCACGUCUACCUCAGCAUUCAGGGAAACUGCGACCCCAAACAUGAACCCUCUAAAGAGACCAUUCACUCUGGAUAACGGCGCCGCUUAUCGUUACAGUUCUGUAAACUGCGUCUUUGUAGUUAGUGAGGUCUUGCUGACAGAAAUAAUGGUUAUGAUGGGAACAAUUUG